AUGGAGCCCAAGAUGGAUGCCGGGCUGCUAGCACUGGCCUGCUCUGGCUCUUUCCAUGAUCUGGAAUCACUCCUUUACGGGAAACAAGCCGCCUACACCAUGGGAAGCUCCGCGAGGCAGCCACCUUCUCUGUACGCAGUUACAGUUGGAGGUGACACUCUUCUCCACUUGGUGGCCGCCAUCUAUGGCGAUUCAGAGGACUCCACUGGCAAGGCCAGCCUCGUCUACCACAAGGCACCUAGCCUCCUCUUCGUGCAAAACUGCCAGGGAGAUACACCCCUCCACUGUGCUGCACGGGCGGGGAACAUCCGAAUGAUGUCUCGUUUCAUUGAUCUUGCCAAUGUUCAGGGUAUCAACAAUGCUAAGGGGCUGCUGGAAACACAGAACAACCUCAAAGAAACAGCCUUGCACGUGGCCGUCCGCUUUGGGAGCAAUGAUAUGGUCAAUUUGCUCAUGGGCCAUGAUCCAGAGUUAGCCAAUUUGCCUGAAGAAGGUGCUUCGCCGUUGAAUCUCGCCAUCUUACUGGAAAAUGGAAUCAUCUCAAAAACACUCUACGAGUUGAACGGUGGGGCUCUUUCAUACUCUGGCCCAAAUGAACAAAAUGCAUUGCAUGGUGCUGUUCAGCGAAGCGAAGGUACCCACUUUACAAUAUCAAUACCUACUAUUUAG